AUAACGAUGGUGUUUGAAAUCCCCUGUCGUCCAAACCGCGCAGUGCACAUAUAAACAUAUUCCCUAGCUCAAGCGUGUAAAUAUACUAUUCCAACAGGUCUUCCUGGACUUGUAGGACCUGCAGCGACAAUGCGAGGGCUUCAGAUGGGACAGAAACGCGAAGGAAUGAGGGACAGAUUGGCUGAAUUACAGGAGGUGUCUGAUGGGCAGUAUGAUUCCUCUUCUAACUCCAUGUCAGAUACCUUCAGCAACAUAGACCUGGAUGAUAUGCAGCCCCAGGCAGUUGUGUUUAACGAGGUACCAUUGGAUAAUGUGUUUCAAGAGGCCCAGAACAUACGGCAGGAAAUCCAUCUGAUCCGGACGGACGUCGGCCGACUGAGGGAUCAGAACACACGGAUGCUGAGCGAGGUGACUCGCAUGAGCGUCAUCCGGAGGGACUCCAACGCCAUCGCCGCUGACAUCAAAUCCCGUGGCGAGAGAGUGCUGGCUCUGCUCCAAAGGAUGGAGGCACAAGGUAAGGAGCUAGAGGAUUCCGAAGGGACCAACUCAGCGGUGGCACGUGUCGCCCGGACCCAGUACGUCUGCCUGAGCACCGGCUUCCGGGACGCCAUGUUUGACUACAACGAGGCAGAGAUGUUGCACAAGGAGAACUGCAAAGCCAACCUCCAGCGCCAGCUGGAGGUCGCAGGCAAGGAGGUCACUGGCGAGCAGAUCGAGGAGAUGAUCGAGAACGGCAACUGGAAUGUUUUCACAGAGGACAUAGUUGACGGCAAGACCGUUGGAGGUGCCCUCAAUCAGAUUGAGAGACGACACAAGGAGCUCCUGGAUCUGGAGAACCGCAUACAGAGAAUCCAUGAGCUAUUUUUGGAUCUGGCUCUGCUGGUGGAAGAACAUGGUCCCAUGAUGAACACCAUCGAGGCUAAUGUUAGCAAGAUAGAUGCAUCCCUAGGGCAGGUCAUGGUCAAGCUGAAUACGGCCAAAAAGCACAGCAGGAAUAACCCCUUCAAGAAGAUGUUCUGUGGCUGCUUCCCAUGCUACAAGUGAGCAGGAUGUUGUCAAACUAUACUAUGAGGACAAAAUCAGCUCUGAAAGCGACAUGUGUUGUAACUGCACAAGCUGCAGGAUUUCUUAUUAGCACCUAUUGAGAAAAGCUGUGACAAGGAUCUGAUUUUGUUCAAUAGCUCUGAUUUCACCCAAAUUCUGAUCAAACCCUGGCAUUUUAAAACAAGAAAAAAACAUACUGUUGAUAACAGACAACCUACAUCCCUUCAGUGGUUUAAAUAUUAUUAGAAAUGUCUCCACAAUUCUGAUUAAAAAACUUGGUGUUUCCUUAGUUACUGUCGAUCUAUUUAAAAUUUACUUCAGUCUUAAAGGUGGUCCGUUAUUACUUUGCUUUGUAGCAAAGAGAUAUAUCCUGAAUGACACAGCAAAUGAUCAUUCCGGCAGACACACUAUUUUGAUCUCCAUGGUCAUCGUGUCAGGUGAUGAAAGCUCACAAAAGUUUGCCCAUAUGUCUUGCUUGUCCUUCUCCAGUCCUCAGUCUGAUCUUCGCUCUUCAGGGAAACCAGGUCCGAUAGCAAUCAGGAGAUCCAUCGUGGGCGCUGAUGACUUUGAUGGCAUAACUGGUUUCCUCACUGGCUUCAUUUCAUUUAGACUCUUACGUCCUGAGGCUAGUAGACAGAGAUUAGUACUGGUGAAUGUGAUAUUUUGUCCUCUUUAUUCACAAGAAACCAAGGAAAGAAUUUGACUUAGUAAUAAGAGACAAUUUAAUACAACAUACCGCAUAAACUUUUAACAUAGCUAGAAAGUGACCAAUGGUAUUGGAAAUGUAGGGGGGGGGGUGAUAUUAGAUUAUUUAGUCAGACAAAUUACUUUUUCCUUUAAUGGAAAGUGAUUCAUGAUGUUGUUGUCCUAAAGACAAAAAAAAUUGGUUAAAAGAACAAUUUAAAAAAAUUAUUAGCAUCCUGUCCUGGGUGUACCCCAGGGGCGUCAGAAGCAUUUUGAACGUGGGGGGACACAAAUGCAUAAAACGAAUAUUUUAUGUUAAAUGUGGGGGGGGGGGGAUCCAAAUGAAAAAUUAUUAAAUGUGAGGGGGACACGCCCCACUCAGAUUGAAUGCCAUGGUGUACAGCAGCCGUGCGCUGUGCGACCUGAGAUCAGCUCUCGGCCCCCGUGAUCCUGAUCAGCAUAUGCAGCUGGAAGAUGGAUGGAAAUAAAAAGUUUAUAUAAAUGAAAUACAUUUUCAUUUAACUCUUAGUACGACAUAGUAAUUAAGGAUCAGUAACUCAAAUAUCAACUACUGCAGCCAUUUUGCUACCACCUUGACAAGCUUCGAGAUUUUAAACUAUUUUUAAGUAAAUUUGAAAUUAAUUAGUGCUGUUGAGAAACAAACAAUUACCCAAAUUCUUUAAAGUGUGUCUGCGUGAUUUGUCUGUACUAAAAUCCAUGUCAUCAUUGGAUUGAACUAAUUAUUAUGAUCAUUCGACGAAUUCAGCGUUCUGGCUUGUUAUUAAUAGGAAAACCAAAUAUGAAAGCAAAUACAUGGGUAGGAACUAGUUUAUUUUCCACUGUGGAGUAUUUUUCAUGAUUUUACAUGGACCACCCCUGGCCUUACCAGAAUGCCUGGGGUGAGCCCCAAUGUUCUAGUUGGAGGGUAACAGUAAAAGUUUGGCCUAUUAUUUCAGCAAUUUAGCAAUUAUUAUAUUAAAUCACUAAUGAUUGGUUGUCACUGUUGGCUGGGUACCGCCCACCGCCAGCCCAUCUGUAGCCACGCCCCUGUAAAUCAAAUUCAGGAUAUACUCAUGUGUAUCAUCUGCGGUGACGUGUAGUAUGUAGGGAUCACCCAAACUUCUCUUCUGCUAGUGAACGUACCUUAAUUAACUACUAUUAGAACAUUGACUUUGCAGAAUACCCUAAAUGGCAUUGUUUAAUCGCUUUUAAUCUAAUAAUGAAAGCAUUUUGAAUUUAUACACAAGAUGCUCAUCAAAGGUACAAAACCCUUCGCUCAAUUAUAACGAUUUUUUUGCGGAAUUGUACGCAAGUCUACUUAUUUACGCGAGUGAGUAAUAUGAUACAAAUGACUUAAAUAGAAUCUGGUGAAUAAUUUGAAAAAUCUCGAAUUCUGGCAAUCCCAAGAUUACCAGCUUCCUGUGACAGCUCGGCUAUGGGUUAAAUUGGCCACUAACAUUAAGAUCAGCAUCCAGCGGUAGCCUAGAUUAGCCAGAAAGUGGCGAGCCCGGCUUUAUCUACACAGAAGGUGCGAUUAACUACGAGGAACUAAAGGUACAGAGCUAAAGUACGUAACUGUUUAAGUGAUUUACUACAUAAAACACAAUAUGUACUUUGUUUUCCUCCAGCUACUUGUACAUAAUUUAGUGAAUGGUUAAAUAUUCCUUUGAAUUGAUUUAAAAGAUUUUAUUGAAGUAUUCAAAAAUGUAUAUUAAUGCGUAUUUGCGAGGUCGUCAGCAGGCCUAAAUGUAGGUCAGUUUUUAUAUCAUGGCGGUGGUGUAAUUAUCUUGAUUUGUAGGUGGUGGUUUAAGAUUUUGAAGUGAAGUUUCAAAUGACUUAGGGAAAGGGUUUUAAAUGUUCUUCAUGCACGUGUUUACACGCCUAUAUUGAGUUAGUUUUGGAGUUUAAUACUAGCAGCAUUGCGUGCACAAGCUGUGUAUUCUAUAAACAUCCUGUUAAUUGUUUGCUAUGAUGUUAUACCUGUGUUUAUAGAGCGCAGUGCGGUGGCGAGGUCGUCGCUUUACUCAGUUCAUCAAAUUUGUCUACGAGAUUGUUUUGUUAACCAUUGGCUUUAUUUAUUUAAGCACUUCAAACAAAAUUGGAGAUCCAAAACUGUGUUGCUGUCUAUUGUGAGUCGAUAGAAAACUGAAUUUGAGUUGCAACAAGCUGUAUUGUUCUUUUUCCGAUUAAAAGUUGCGUAUGUUAAGUGA